AUGGCUAGCCCCAAAGGACCCUUCCGUCUCGUCACGGUCAACACGGCCCCCGAGAGAGCUCAACGCUUGAUCGGGAGGGUCGCUGAUACGCUCAAGGACCGGUAUAUCAUCAUCCACGAGGCCAACUGCUCGAAAAUCGAAGAAGUUCGCCCUAAAGUCCAAGAAUUGAUGCCGGAUGUCCUGUUCAGCGCAUCCAUGUGGACUGCAGAAGAAGCCCAGCAAAUCCACGCUACAGCCCGCGAAAUCAAGCCUGACAUCAAACUGCACGCCAUCCCCACUGGAUUGCAAGUUGAGAGAGGACCCGAUGCGAUUGUUGAAUACCUCUGCGAGAAGGUGCCGCCGCUGCUGGACAGCUAG